AUGACUCGAGGAGGAGACUAUGGUCAUUAUCCAAAGUUCAUUUUACAAAAAGUUAGAAACUACUUUCCAACAUAUAAAUUCAAUCCAGAAAAGGGAGCAAUCAUUUCAACACAAGAGCGAUUGACUUGGCCAGCUACUAUAUUAAUAUCACUUCAACAUGUAUUAUCAUUUAUUGGGGCAACUGUAAUUGGACCAUCGUUGAUGGGAUUCUCUGCCAAUACCUCUUUAUUUUUCAGUGGUAUUGGUACAUUAAUAUUUUAUAUUUGUACUGGAGGUAAAAUACCUUCGUAUGUAGGUUCUUCGUUUGCUUUUAUUGGUGUCGUGAAUGCUGCAACUGGUUAUCAUUUUGCGCCAGGAACUAUGAAUCAGAAUAUUCCAGUUGCAUUGGGUGGUAUUUUAGUUUGUGGAUUCAUAUAUUUGGCCAUAUCUAUUAUUGUUAUGUUUGCUGGUGUUGGUUGGAUUGAAGUAUUAACACCUCCGAUUGUGACUGGAACGGUGGUCAUGGCAAUAGGAUUAAAUCUUGCUGGUAGUGCAAUAAACCAAGCAGCAUCAUCUGGGUUUGAUGCCUGGAUAGCAUUUGCAACAGUAGUUAUGACAUGUCUAUUCAUUUGUUAUGCACCUGGUGUACUGUCUCGACUACCAAUUCUAUUAGGUGGUUUGUUUGGUUACUUUUUAUACCUAUUUCUUGGGUUGGCUGGAGUAGGUCCUGGAAUCGAUUUCAAAGGUGUUGGUGAGAGCAAGUGGUUUGGUGCACCACCUCUUCAUCUACCUGUGUUUGAAGGAUCGGCUAUUUCACUGAUUGCACCCAUUGCAAUUAUACUCGUAGCUGAAAACAUAGGUCAUGUCAAAGCGGUUGGCUCAAUGACCAACCAGAAAUUAGAUCAUCUCUUGGGUCGGGCAUUCCUAGGUGACUCGAUUGCGACCAUUGUAGCUGGUUCAUUUGGUGGACUUGGUACAACUACAUAUGCUGAAAACAUUGGAGUUAUGAGUAUAACAAAAAUAUAUUCUACAUUACCAUUUGUAAUUUGUGGAUUUAUUGCUAUCUUUUUAGGAUUAUUUGCAAAGUUUGGAGCUGUUUUACAGAGUAUACCAAGUGGUGUAUUUGGAGCAUUAUCAAUUAUAUUAUUUGGUAUGAUUGCAAUAACAGGUGCAAGGAUUUGGAUUGAAGAUCAAGUGGAUUUUAAGAAACCUCGUAAUCUUUUAACUGCUGGUAUUGGAAUAGUGAUUGGAUCAGGAAUGACAAAUGGAAUAGUAGUUAGUUGGGGUGUUAUUAAACUUGAUGGUAUUGGUGUCUCUACUCUUGGUAGUAUCAUUCUCUAUCAAUUAUUACGCGAAGAUUGGAAACAAAUAUUUCACUAUCUCUAUUCAAGAGCAAGAGGAAGGAAAUCAAAUUACCCAACUAGAAAAGGUGGAUAUAGUGAUUGUAAUGAUAACAACUCUAAAAAACAUGAAGAUCAUUCAACUACUACAAUAGAAAUGCCAUCAAUCAGUAGUACAGAAGAUAGAUCAUUGACAAGCUCAUCCUCAUCAUCAUCAUCUGAUCCUCCUCAACAACAACAAUUGUUAUUACAAACUCCUACCAGAUUGAAUGAUGAUUCAAUAAACGAUAAUGUGUAA